AUGAGGGUGUUCCGCUGGACCUUCGUGAUCCUCAGCCAGUGGAUUCUGCGUAAGGUCCAAGGGCUGGAAAAGCAAGUGGCGAAGUCUCUGGACUACCUUGACCUAGUGCCAGCUGGCACUGUGAUGAAGACCCUUCCCUAUGACAUAGGGGGGGUGGGGCCUGGAGGAGGGGUUGGGGCAACAGGGGGAGUCAAACCACCCUACCAAACCUCGCGAAUAUUCUCCACCAUGGACAACACCCCCUUGAAGUCAAAACCCCCCAGCUACAGCUUUCUGAACCCAUAUGAAUGGGCCCGGAACCAGUCUCUCCUUCUGGACCAGACAGGGUACCGCUCCAAGCGUAAGCCUUCACUGAAGACCGCUCUGAAAACCAAGAAGAUCUUUGGCUGGGGGGACUUCUACUUCAACAUCAAGACCAUAAAGUUCAGUCUGCUGGUGACAGGCAAGAUUGUAGACCACGUCAACGGCACCUUCACUGUCUACUUCCGCCACAACUCAUCCAGCCUGGGCAAUGUAUCCGUCAGCAUUGUCCCGCCCUCCAAAGUAGUGGAGUUUGAGGUGCUCCAGCAGCAGCAGCUUCACCCAGGGAUCCAGCUCCAGCAGACACACCAAUCCACCAUCGACCCCAAGGAGAUUAAGACCUUCAACUGCCGAGUGGAGUACGAGAAGACCAACCGGGAGAAGAAGCCGAAGCCCUGCCUCUACAACCCCUCACAGACGUGCUUCUCUGAGCAUACGCACUCCCACGCCGCCUGGCUGUGUGCCAAGCCCUUCAAGGUCAUCUGUAUCUUCAUCUCUUUCUUAAGCAUUGAUUACAAGCUGGUGCAGAAGGUUUGUCCGGACUACAACUUCCAGAACGAACACCCCUACUUUGGAUAAAAGUCGUAAGACGAAAGAAAAGGAACUGGUAAAGGGGGUUGUGUGGUCUUGUUUUUUUCCCCCACUC